AUGUCGUGGGACUCCAAGUCGGCGUUGCGCCGACGCCAAAGCAGCAACGCAACCUCAGCCAAGAACAUCAUCCACACACGCCAGCAGUCCAAGUCGACCAUUGAGCCGAAAUCGAGCCAUGUAGCCGACGACUUCUUGCAAGACUUUUUGGAUCCCUCUUUCGAUCCUGCAGCCUACCUCAACGCGUCGAUGCCGCCGUUACAGCCCAGCGGUCACCAUGCCUCACGAAAUGGAGGCCAGACUGUUCCUUUGGCCGACCUCUCCAACGAGACGCAGACGCUGCUAUCCCAGCUUAAUGUCCACACGACCAGACUCUCAGGAACCCUCACACAGCUGACUGACGAUAUUCUGAGAAGUGGCAGUCGACUUGCAUAUGAGGUGGAACUCUUGCGAGGAGAGACGUUGAGUCUUGCCGAGACGAUGAACGACACGUUACAAGACGACAUCAAAAAGUUUGUCCCCGGUGGUCUCGAUGAAGCCACGAAGGACGCUCCUCCUAAGACGACGGACCUGGAGGAAAGGAAGGCUUCAGUCGGCGCGACCAAGGCAGAAGAAGCCACCUCAGCGACGGUAUCGACCGAGGAUGAGGGCGCAGUUGAGGAGCCACCGUACAUCAAGCAGCUGCGCACCCUGACUGUCGUGCGGUCUCGCCUGGACUCUGUAAUCAAGACGUUUGGCGAUGCCAUGGACUUUGUAUUUCCGCCUUCAGAACUCUCAGUCAGCUCAUCCUUCCUCUCCGUGUCAGCGCCAGAGCCCGGCUCCGAUCAGCACAGCACGGAGGACAAGGGCCAGCAGGUACUCCAGAAGCUGCGGGACGAGAUAUCACAAUUCCUGCACAAAUCAGAGGACCCCGUUCAGGGAAUCGAGAAGGCGGCGCAGCGAAUCGAGGAGCUUAAGGACCUCAACCAAGUGUGGAAGGGCACGGCGGAGGAGAAGGGACGGACAAAGUUCAUUGAGAGUCUGGCCAAGAUGGUCGAGGACCGGCACCGCGAUCUGAUGAAGGAGGUGGACCAGGCGAGUCGGAACCAAGGCAACGGGAAUGAGGGGAGAGCGCGCAAGGGGAGCGUUCAUGCCGACCCCGCGGAAACGAAGACAUAUCUUGGUGGCUAUGGCUUGAUGAGCCAGCUGCAGAAGCUGAGAAGCGGACUGUAG